UCUCAAUCGAAUGAUACAGAACGCUCGUUCGCUCAUUCGUUUGCCUUUUUUCUGCUUGUUCAUUUGCCUGACUGCCUGCUUGUUCUUCUGGCUGUCAACUUGCUCUGUUCUUCUACCCAGUUCAUCAGUAUCGCUCGGCGAAAAAGAGCUUUGAAACGACCGAAAUUGUGCGCUAUUGCAUGCUCAUCCAGGCUGACAUAAAAACUCAACGACGACAAUUUUGACAAUUCGCGCGUUUGAAAACUCAAUUUUGUGCAUAUCAUUUUCAACAAAACGGCAAAACGGAAAAUCAAACCGACCGAGAACCAAACUAAGAAAAAGGGUUUUUUGUUGUUGUUGUUGUGUAAUUUUACGUUUCAAAGUGCUCAUCAAAAAAGGUUUCAUUCGCACACUUUUCAUCGCUGUUGUGUGUUUUGUUGCUGCUGUUGCCGCAUCGAACAAAUCACCUAUUCGCCUCAACACACUCACUGGUCGUUGUCAUUUGGUCUCCCCUAUUAGAAUACCGUUGGGAGUGUGUUUUAUAAAUAAAAAUGAUUGACAUGAACAUUCGACCGUUCGAACUAUCGUGCUUGUUACUGGUCAUUUUGAUGGAAGUGACGAGUGGCAUGAGUCUAGCGGAGGCGGACGCCGAAGCAGACGCGAAUAGCGAACCAACGUAUGGUCAAGCUAGAAACUAUACAAAUGAAGAUAAAGACUAUGGCGUUACAUGGAUGUACAUUCCCGAUGGUAAUGGCGUUCCACAAGUUGCAUUUCUAACGGAAGAAAGUGAAACAUCCCGGGGCCGCAAGAAAAAUGCCAAAGAUUAUGUACGUUUUGAGCUGUACACGCAGAAAUCGGGCCAACCAAAAGUGAUGCAAAUGAACAAACGGAAACGGCGAAGUGUCGAUGACUUUGCGGAAGCAUUCGACAAAGACUUGCCAACAUACGUUAUUGUACAUGGUUGGAAAUCCAGUUCACAGAGCGACACCGUACAGGAUAUAAAGGAUAAUUAUUUAAAAACCAAAGACUGCAAUGUUAUCGCCGUCGAUUGGAAUGAAUUGGCAUCGAAUAAUUUUUAUUUUACGCCUGCUCGCCAAACCCGGGACGUUGGAAAAACUAUAGCUGAAAUGAUCGACUUUAUGUGCUCGGAUAGAGGUGCUGAUAUCAAUAAAUUUCAUCUAAUUGGCCAUAGUCUCGGUGCGCAUACGGUUGGAUAUGCUGGCAUGUACACAAAGAGCGGUAAAAUACCACGAAUCACUGGUUUGGAUCCGGCAAAGCCCAUGUUUGAAAAUACAUCAGACAAUGAUGGGUCGCUGGACAAAUCGGAUGCUGAAUUUGUAGAUAUCAUUCAUUCGUGUGCUGGUCUUUUGGGUUAUACUAAGCCAUUGGGUCACGUCGAUUUUUAUCCAAAUGGGGGACGAGCAUCACAACCAGGUUGCCAAGGAAUUUACAAAGAGCUUUUGGAGGCAUGUAGUCAUGGCCGAUCUCAUCAGUAUUAUGCAGCUUCAAUUUUAAAAGCAAAUGUCUUUACCGCCUAUCCAUGCUCAUCUUAUGAAUCAUAUCAGGCUGGCACGUGUAAUAAACAAAAUGGCAUACGAAUGGGUGAUCCAGUGCCAAAAACAGCACGUGGUGUUUACUAUUUGAAAACUUCCGGGACAUCGCCCUAUGCACAGGGCCGAUGAUGAUGAUGAUGAUGAUAAUUAAAUAUAGUACAUAUUCAUUCGUUUGUUAUUAUUAUUAUGUAUCAUUAAUUAUGACGUGGGCACUUCUAUUUUGGAUUUUUGCUUUGAAUUUGACGAUGACAACGAUUACGACAAAAUCAAUGGCGUACAAUUGUAAAUGCACUGAAAUAUUUCAAUGGAAUGGCCAAAACCAGACAAUUUUAAUUCCAAAAGAUGUGACUGUGUAUGCAGAACAGGAUUGUUGCAAUGUUAUUGAAAUCAAUUAGACCAACACUGCCAGGCAACCAACAAGCAACCAUUUCAACAAGCCAAAACCAUGCCGUUAAGAAUUCACUUCAAGCGAACCCCUCAUUCCAGCCAUCAUCCACAAAAGCAUCCUUAAAGAAGAGAAACGUUUUCUUUGAUUCAAUUAACGUUAUUUGCUACAUUGAAUUCGGCGCUUAAGAUAUUUAUUUAUUUCAUGCACUAAUUUAUUGUUAAGUAUUUAUCAUUAUCAUUACUGUUACUGUUAACUGAUGUACACUAUUUCCGAAGUUAUUAAAUAUUUAUUCGAAUGUGGUUUUGAUCCUCAAA